CGAGCGCAGCGUCCCGGGAGGAGGGAACCCCGGGGCCGUCGCCUCUGCCGCGUGCUCAGCCUGUCCCCGCCCAGGGAACCGGAGCCUCCCCUGACUCCGCCCGCCGCCCGCGGGCUCCCGCUUCCGUCCCGGACUGAGCCUGCGGCCGCGCAGGUUCCGAAGGAUGACUGACGCGGGUCUGCGCGAUAGCCCUCACUGCUGCUGUCAGUCCGGAGCGAUAAGGACCUGGCGCGUCUAGCCCCGGCUCACUAGGCGCUCUGGCGCAGCGGACUCCAGCGCCGCUUCCCACGGGCUCUGCCGGCCGCAGGCACCCACAGUGCUCGGCCGCGGGGCUCCGGGCGCAGGCAGUGGAGCGGCCGCAGCACGCGCGCCGCCCCGGGCCAUGAAGUAGCGGCGGCCGCCGAGCCCAGCCCGACUGUCCGCCCCACCGCCCGUUCCUCCGGGCCCCGCGGACAUGGCCGGUCGCACCCGCAGCCUGCUGCUGCUCCUGCUGGUCCUGCACAGCGGCUGCCUGGCGUUCCGAAGCCCGCUGUCUGUUUUUAAGAGGUUUAAGGAAACUACCAGAUCAUUUUCCAAUGAAUGCCUUGGUACCACCAGAGCAGUAACUCCUAUUGAUUCAUCAGAUUUUGCAUUGGAUAUUCGAAUGCCAGGGGUUACACCAAAACAGUCGGACACAUACUUCUGCAUGUCCAUGCGUUUGCCUGUGGAUGAGGAAGCCUUUGUGAUUGACUUCAAGCCUCGUGCCAGCAUGGAUACUGUCCAUCAUAUGUUACUUUUUGGAUGCAAUAUGCCUUCGUCCACUGGAAGUUACUGGUUUUGUGAUGAAGGAACGUGUACAGACAAAGCCAAUAUUCUCUAUGCCUGGGCAAGAAAUGCUCCCCCAACCAGGCUCCCCAAAGGUGUCGGAUUCAGAGUUGGAGGAGAAACUGGAAGUAAAUACUUUGUCCUACAAGUUCACUAUGGGGAUAUCAGUGCUUUUCGAGAUAAUCACAAAGACUGCUCUGGUGUGUCCUUACAUCUCACACGUGUGCCACAGCCUUUAAUUGCUGGCAUGUACCUUAUGAUGUCUGUUGACACUGUUAUACCAGCAGGGGAGAAAGUGGUGAAUUCUGAUAUUUCCUGCCAUUAUAAAAUGUAUCCAAUGCAUGUGUUUGCCUAUAGAGUUCACACACACCACUUAGGUAAGGUAGUGAGUGGGUACCGAGUAAGAAAUGGACAGUGGACGCUGAUCGGUCGCCAGAGCCCCCAGCUGCCACAGGCUUUCUACCCCGUGGAACACCCAGUAGAUGUUACUUUUGGUGACAUCCUGGCAGCAAGAUGUGUGUUCACUGGCGAGGGAAGGACAGAGGCCACCCACAUUGGCGGCACAUCUAGUGAUGAAAUGUGCAACUUAUACAUUAUGUAUUACAUGGAAGCCAAGCAUGCAGUUUCCUUCAUGACCUGUACACAGAAUGUGGCUCCAGAUAUGUUCCGAACUAUACCACCAGAAGCCAAUAUUCCAAUUCCUGUGAAGUCUGACAUGGUUAUGAUGCAUGGGCAUCACAAAGAAGCAGAAAACAAAGAGAAGACUAUGUUAAUACCUCAGCCAAAACGGGAGGAGGAAGAGGUAUUAGACCAGGGUGAUUUCUAUUCACUACUUUCCAAGCUGCUAGGAGAAAGGGAAGAUGUUGUUCAUGUGCACAAAUACAAUCCUACAGAAAAGGCAGCAGCAGAUCCAGACCUGGUAGCUGAGAUUGCAAACGUAGUUCAAAAAAAGGAUCUUGGUCGGUCUGAUGUCAGAGAGGGUACCGAGCAGGAGGAGAGGGGCGAUGCUAUUCUUGUCAGAGACAGAAUUCACAAAUUCCACAGACUAGAAUCUACUUUGAGGCCUGCUGAGAGCAGAGAUUUCUCAUUACAGCAGCCUGGGAAAGGUACCUGGGAACCUGAGCACACAGGAGAUUUCCAUGUGGAGGAGGCACUGGACUGGCCUGGAGUAUACUUAUUACCAGGCCAGGUUUCUGGGGUGGCACUGGACCCUAAGAAUAACCUAGUGAUUUUCCACAGAGGUGACCAUGUUUGGGAUGGAAACUCUUUUGACAGCAAGUUUGUUUACCAGCAAAGAGGACUUGGGCCAAUUGAAGAUGACACCAUUCUGGUCAUAGAUCCAAGUAAUGCUGCCAUACUCCAGUCCAGUGGGAAGAAUCUGUUUUAUUUACCACAUGGCUUGAGCAUAGAUAAAGAUGGAAAUUACUGGGUCACAGACGUGGCUCUCCAUCAGGUGUUCAAACUGGACCCACACAGCAAAGCAGGCCCUCUCUUAAUACUGGGAAGGAGCAUGCAACCAGGCAGUGACCAAAAUCAUUUCUGCCAGCCAACUGAUGUGGCUGUGGAUCCCAGCACUGGAGCCAUCUAUGUGUCAGACGGUUACUGCAACAGUCGGAUUGUGCAGUUUUCACCAAGUGGAAAGUUCAUCACCCAGUGGGGAGAAGAAGUAUCUGGGAGCAGUCCUAAGCCAGGCCAGUUCAGUGUUCCUCACAGCUUGGCCCUUGUGCCUCAUUUGAACCAAUUGUGUGUGGCAGACAGGGAAAACGGUCGGAUCCAAUGUUUCAAAACUGACACCAAAGAAUUUGUAAGAGAGAUUAAACAUGCAUCAUUUGGAAGAAAUAUAUUUGCAAUUUCAUAUAUACCAGGCUUGCUCUUUGCAGUAAAUGGGAAGCCUUACUUUGGGGAUCAAGAACCUGUACAAGGAUUUGUGAUGAACUUUUCCAGUGGGGAAAUUAUAGGUGUCUUCAAGCCAGUACGCAAGCAUUUUGAUAUGCCUCACGAUAUUGUUGCAUCCGAAGAUGGGACUGUGUACAUUGGAGAUGCUCACACAAACACCGUGUGGAAGUUCACCUUGACGGAAAAAAUGGAACAUCGAUCAGUUAAAAAGGCUGGCAUUGAGGUCCAAGAAAUCAAAGCAAGGAACAUGACAGAGCAGUGGUCAGGAAGAUUAGGAAUCCCAUGUGCAUUCCCCUUGAAAAGUAAGACUUGGAAAGAAGCGGAGGCAGUUGUUGAAUCCAAAAUGGAGAACAAGCCCACCUCCUCAGAAUUGCAGAAGAUGCAAGAGAAACAGAAACUGAUCAAAGAGCCAGGCUCGGGAGUGCCCGUGGUUCUCAUUACAACCCUUCUGGUUAUUCCGGUGGUUGUCCUGCUGGCCAUUGCCAUAUUUAUUCGGUGGAAAAAAUCAAGGGCCUUUGGAGCAGAUUCUGAACACAAACUUGAGGCAAGUUCGGGAAGAGUACUGGGAAGAUUUAGAGGAAAAGGAAGUAGAGGAUUAAAUCUUGGAAAUUUCUUUGCAAGCCGUAAAGGCUACAGCAGAAAAGGGUUUGACCGCCUCAGCACAGAGGGAAGUGACCAAGAGAAAGAUGAAGAUGACGGAAGUGAAUCAGAAGAGGAGUAUUCAGCACCUCUGCCCACACCGGCACCUUCCUCCUGAACACCAGGCUUUGAUUAGGUUGAGGGAGAUUUACCAAGAAUGCCCAGAUUCCUUUCCCUUCAGCACGUUUAAAGUUCUGUGCAUUUAAUUGUAAACUGUACUAGUCUAUGUGGGACUGUACACCUCUCAUUUGUUUCAUUUUAGUUGCAUUGGUUUGUGUCUCUAGUUGAGGAGUUUCCUAAAGUUCAGAACAGUGCCAUUGUCCUUGUAUGAAAGUAGACUAGCGAAACUGUCCUCCUCUUCCUUCCAUCAUAGUACUGCUGACCGAAGGAUGGAAGGUUCGCUCAUUUCCAUUUUGAAACUUCCUUGUGGAUAUAAAUAGCCCCAUUCUCUGCUUGAACACAGUAUUUUCCCAAUAGCACUCCCUUUGCCAGUGUCUUUCUUUGGUGCCUUUCCUGUUCAGCAUUCUCAGCCUGUGGCAGUAAAGAGAAACUUUGUGCUACAUGACGACAAAGCUGCUAAAUCUCCUUCUAUUUUUUUAAAAUCACUAACAUUAUAUUGCAAUGAGAGAAAGAAAAAGGGUCUCUAUUUAAAUUCUUUUUUUAAAUUUUCUCUUCAUUUGGUGUGUUUCUGGGAUGUCUUAUUUUUAGAUGGUUACACUGCUAGAACACUAUUUUCGGAAUCUGAAUGUAAUUUGUGUAAUAAAGUGUUUUCAGAGCAUUA